ACUGUAGUCAUUACUUGUAGUCAUUACAUAGUCAUAGAAACAAAGCUUAUACAAAAUACUUUAUCUUCCCAGGUUUUUCAGUUUUUGAAUGCAAAAUGCGAGUCUGCGUUCCUUUCCAAGAGAAACCCCCGUCAAAUCAACUGGACUGUUCUGUACAGGCGGAAACACAAAAAAGGACAAUCGGAAGAAAUACAAAAGAAGCGCACACGUCGUGCUGUUAAGUUUCAGAGAGCUAUCACUGGUGCGUCCUUAGCUGAGAUUAUGGCUAAACGAAAUCAGAAGCCUGAAGUACGAAAGGCUCAGAGAGAACAAGCUAUUAGGGCUGCAAAAGAAGCCAAGAAGGCUAAGCAGGCAACCAAGAAAACGGCUGUUUCUGCUGCAAAGGCUCCUACAAAAGCAGCACCAAAGCAGAAGAUUGUGAAACCAGUCAAGGUUUCUGCUCCCCGUGUUGGUGGAAAGCGUUAAUUUACCAAACUGUUAGUCCUCCUGAAUAAACAUCUGACUAACAUUGAUAA